AUGACCGACAAUCCUGGGCCUAAGGGCAAAGGAAUCAGCUCGCGAUUUUCAGGCAUCCUGCGUCGUUCUACUCGUUCUACUUCUGAUCUCACCAGUAUUCACGCACACGAUAUUAGUUCUGUAUACCCGUCUGAGAGAAAAGCUAUUAAAAAAUCCAAAAAUAACGGCUCCAAUGAUUCUAUCUCUAUGUAUGGUUCUGACGACUCCGACCAAAAACCCAGAAAAAUUAGUAACAUCCAAUCCACCAUCCCUGCUGGUUCUACCCAAGAAGCAGUUGCAGACGCAACAAUAAAUAUUGAGUCCAUAUCUGAUUACACACGUACCCCUAGCCCCACCCGAGCAUCACACGUCGCGAGCCCAAAGGUCCAACUCAUCCCGUCUACCAAAGACAAACCCCCAGUCAUAAUGGUCGUCAGCUCCUCCCAAGAGUCUGAACAGAUUAGAGACGCAGGGGAAGGGUUCGAGAGACUGGCGGAACAUACGUCGGACGAUGAUAGCGAAGUCGGCACACCCAAAAGUGUAGCCAUGGAGCUGACAGAGGACAUACGUCCAAUGUCGGCCACCCCCAAACCUAACCGCAUUAACAAAAUUCGCAGAGAAACCCCCAUGCACGACCUCACAUGGAACCCGGAAGAUCAACACUGGCUCGACCGACUCGAAGAUGGAGCAUACCCUUGCGAUGAUGCACUCCAAUGCGCCCUCAAAUAUUCCCAAAUCACCGCAAAAGUUAUCCGAUCCAUCAUCAACAACAGAGUAACCCAAGACGAAACUACCAGCGAGCAAAACACGACAAUCAACUUCCUGAAAGAAAUUGCAAAAAUCAACGAAAGCACCUUCGACCACGCAGAACGCACAAGUCACAUAUACCCCCAGUGCAUACGUGAAGGAAGACCCAUGAAACCCGAACCCAUCACAACAACAAACGACAACGAUGAGAUGGAAACGGAUCGCGAACCAGAUUGGGACAACACUAAGCCCGGGAAAGGAUGGGGACAUACGAUAACCCAUACACAACCCGACAACCCAUUCAUCGACUUCGACCCAACCUCCGGACUCCUCAACCCUAAACCAAUCACAUCCACAACCCAGAACACCGACAACACAAUCCUCAACCAAAUCCUCAAGAAGCUUGAACAGCUUGACAACAUCAACACCAGGCUGAGCAGGCUCGAAGGUGCUAAACCGCAGGCUAAGCCUGCCCAAACGACCCAGCCAGCCUCCGGCCCCAAACCCACCCAAAAUUCAAGCAAUCCAACGAGCGUCAGCUGGGCCGAUGUUGCGGCUAAGGGUAACACCAAAGCCCCGGAGGUCAAAGCCUCCAACAUUGCGUCCGCCCUCAAGAGGGACAUUGCGAGACCCCCGCCCGCACAGAGCGAUGACAGGAAUUUUGUCGUUCGCUUUAAAACCCUACCCGUCACUCAACCCAACCCGGAGAGUAUCUUCGUGUCCAUGCGCGAGUGCCUGGACGCCGCGAACAGAACGCUUGGUAAAGGCAGGCUCACCAGAGCCCGCUGGACACUCAAGGCGAGUCUACAUCUCUCUUUCUCCAAUUCUGCUUCCAUCACGGCGAUCGAAAACGCCAUUCCUCUACUCAUGGACAAGCUGAAAAUGCCUGAGUACGAGUUCGGCCCUGAAGUCCCGUGGAGUCGACUGGUAGUCACCAACGUCCCCACUGGGAUGGGAGGGCCCGCACAACGCAUGCGCAACCGAGACGAACUGACACAGCUGCUACGGGAUUCAUUCCCUGAGGAAGCCAAAUUCGGCGACCUCAAAAUAACCCUAUCACCAGAUUGGCUUGCAGACCCGGCGCGCCUACAAGCAGAGGGCCGCCAGGCCUCCACAGUGUCGUUCGCCUUCGAAGACGCUGGGGGCAUCACCUCGAGCCGACUGCUCACAAACCCACAAUUAUUCAUAUACGGUCGAAAAUGCGAAAUCAAGAAAUUCAACCCCAAACCCCUCCUACAAACCUGCUCAAAAUGCGUAAGGUACGGACAUACCGAAAGACAAUGCCGCACCAAGAAACCCCGCUGCCACAAGUGCGGACGCAAUACCCACUCCACCGACGAACACAACGCCGACAACUGCCCCCGAUGCAUACGGGACGGCAAAGGGAACCCGUGCGAAUGCGUAUACUGCACGUCAUGCAGCCUCCACGGACAUCGGUUCAACACCCCCGAAUGCCCGAAAAUGUCGGAAUUCCGCCGCCCCAUAACGCAAAUCAUUGCAAGCCGGUCAACGGGCGUUAAUGCCUGA